CGAAGACUACAUAGGUCAGGUGAAAGCGCAACUUAUUUAACGAAACAACGGGCCACAACCACCCAGUUAAAAAAAUCUGUAUUUUUAAAAAAGCUUGAAGAACGAAAAAGAGGGGAGGCUGUCUUGCUAGUUGAUUUAGGAGUGGCCCGGCACAGCGACGAUGAGUAACCCAUCCUCUCAAAAAGUCGUGCUGAAAAGCACCACCAAGGUGUCCCUGAACGAGCGCUUCACUAACAUGCUGAAGAACAAGCAGCCCACCCCGGUGAGUGUCCGGGCCACCAUGCAGCAGCAGCACAUGGCCAGCGCCCGCAACCGCCGUCUGGCUCAACAGAUGGAGAAUCGGCCUUCUGUACAGGCGGCACUGCAGCAGAAGCAGAGCCUGAAACAGCGGCUGGGGAAAAGCAACAUCCAGGCCCGGCUGGGAAGGCCCAUAGGACCCUUGAUGAGGGGUGGACCUGGUGCCAGGGGUUUCUCCAUGGGGGGUCUGCGGGGAGUACCUCGAGGAGCCCUUAGGGGCCGCGGUGGCCGUGGGGGUGCCAUGAGGGGGGCUCUGUCCCUCAGAGGUAUGGGCCAACUACGUGGACGAGGUGGCCCUAAUCGCUUGGGCCUUCGUCGGGGCAUGCGCCAGAGAGGGGGCCUGGGUGUCCGCGGAGGGCCUCUGACUGGGACCGGACGAGGAGGCCAGGGCUUGAGGGGCAGAGGAGGACUCGGUCUCCGAGGCCGUGGUGGCUUUGGAGGCAGGGGACGUGGCCGGGGACGCGGCAGAGGAAUGGGCCGGCCACCCGUCACUCGAGAGCAGCUUGACAAUCAGCUGGAUGCUUAUAUGUCAAAGACCAAAGGUCACCUGGAUGCCGAGCUGGAUGCCUACAUGGCUCAAGCGGAUCCCGACAGCAUGGAAUAGACUGUGCCGUUACAUAUGCAGCUACCCCGCCAGGACACUGGAAGCGAUGAGCCCAUGGCUGGUAUCACUACAUACCCUGCUCUACUGACAGACCCACGAGUCCACCCUUUUCGUGUAUGCGAAACUUUGACAGCACAGCACACAUUUGCCCUGUGCAUAUACCAAUAACCAGUAUGUGUGGCUGCUUAGCAUCCACACAUCACUGCGUUCCCACAUUCACUCAGUACAGUCAACCCUCAAAUCACUGUAGGACAGGCCUGGAUGUUACACAGCUAUACAAUUUGUUGACCUGAUAUGUAUUUUUGCAGAAAUCCUACAUUUAUGGCCUUCGUUUUGCCUUGUACAUGGGGUGGAGAAAUUUGAUAAGCAAUAGCCUUGUAAAAAUUAAACUGCCAGGAAGGUUAAAUGUUACAUGCAGUCGUCCAAAGAGAAGGGUUUGACUGAGCUUCUUGGAGCAGGGCUUUUGUCCUGUAUUUGAUGUGCUUAGUUGCACUAAAUCUAGUGCUCAUUGGCUAACAUUUUAAAUGACUUGACCAUAGUUUUUAGAUUUUGACAGAUUUAUAGCCCAGUACUAUACUUAUGGUUUUGCAACCAAUGUACAAGUCAUCUACCCCUGACUUAACCAUCUUUCAGUGACUGGUGAAUAUAUACAUAUAAAAAGAAUUUUGCUGUUACUGUUUUCCUCCAAAAAAUUGUUUGCUUUGAAGUGUUUGUUUUAACAUUGUAUGGUUGUUCAAGACAAGUCAGCCCCUGGUAUCUGGUGUUUAAAGUGCUUUUUGAGUCUCUCUCCCUCAUUUGAGGUUCUUCAUUUCAGAGGUACUGGAAGUACUAAUCGUGGUGGGGUCUCUUGAGUGCACCAAAGUUGAUGCCUUUUGCAGUCUCAACAGUUUGAUUUGUAUUGUGAAAUUUAUUUUGGAAUGUUACCAAUAAGGUUUUUUUUUUUAAACAUCACUUGUACAAUCUGGGUAGUGUAAAAGCUCAAUGGAUGUUUGUGUAAAUAUGGCUUGAUAUAAAGUGUUUAUUUGAACUGAAA